AUGUCCGCCCCCGUCGAGGCCAACCUCCAGAAGGACCCCGAGACCGGAGAGAUGGUCUCCAAGUCCGAGCUCAAGCGUCGCCAGAAGCAGCGUGAGGUCGAGAAGAAGAAGGCUGCCAAGGCCGCUGAGAAGGCCGCCAGCGCUCCCGCCCAGUCGUCCAAGGCUGGCGCCGCUGCUGCUGCUGCUGCCGAGGAGCAGCUCGACGCUGCGGCGUUCUACGAGCUCCGCUCGAACGCGAUCAAGAAGCUGCGCGAGACCAAGAACCCGGACCCUUACCCGCACAAGUUCCACGUAUCGACCGGCAUCCCCGCGUUCGUCGAGGAGUGGGCUGUCGAGGGCAAGGUGCCCGAAGGCGAGACCGUCGAGGUUGAGAAGCCGAUCACCGUCGCUGGCCGCGUACAGACUAUGCGCGCGUCGGGCAACAAGAUCCGCUUUUACGACCUGCGCGCUGACGGCGCCAAGGUCCAGGUGCUUGCGCAGGCGCAGAACGCCGAGUCGCUCGAGGCGUUCGUCCAGCAGAACGACCUCAUCCGCCGCGGUGACAUUAUCGGUGUCACCGGUAAGCCGACCCGCACCAAGGCUGGUGAGCUCUCCAUCGCCGCCAGUGAGGUCAGGCUUCUCGCGCCCUGCUUGCACCAGCUGCCAGGCCGCGAGGGCCUCACCGACACCGAGACCCGCUACCGCAAGCGCUACCUCGACCUGAUUGUCAACCAGCCCACCCGCGAUGUCUUCAUCGCCCGCGCCAAGAUUGUCAACUACAUCCGCAAGUUCCUUGACUCGCUUGGUUUCCUGGAGGUCGAGACUCCCAUGAUGUCGAUGAUUGCCGGUGGUGCCACCGCCAAGCCAUUCGUGACCCACCACAACGACCUCAAGCUUGAUCUCUUCAUGCGUAUCGCUCCCGAGCUCUACCUCAAGGAGCUCAUUGUCGGUGGCCUUGACCGCGUGUUUGAGAUCGGCCGCGUGUUCCGCAACGAGCAGAUUGACAUGACCCACAACCCCGAGUUCUCUAUCUGCGAGUUCUACAUGGCUUACGCCGACAUGUACGACCUCAUGGACAUGACCGAGUCGAUGAUCUCGGGUCUCGUCAAGUACCUCACUGGUGGGACCAAGAUCAAGUUCCACCCCAAGGGCAAGGGCGAGGGCCAGCCGUGCUACGACAUUGACUUUGCCGCUCCCUGGAAGCGCUUUGACAUGAUCGAGGAGCUCGAGAAGCAGCUCAACGUCAAGUUCCCUCCCGGAGACACCCUCCACACUGACGAGGCCAACAAGUUCCUCCGCGAGAUCUGCGAGAAGCACAACGUCGACUGCGCUGAGCCCAAGACCAACGCCCGUCUCCUUGACAAGCUUGUCGGCGAGUUUAUUGAGAACCAGUGCAUCAACCCCUCGUUCAUCGUUGGCCACCCCCAGGUCAUGUCCCCCCUGGCCAAGUACCACCGCUCGCGCCCCGGUCUCUGCGAGCGCUUUGAGGCCUUCAUUGCGACCAAGGAGAUCUGCAACGCCUACACUGAAUUGAACGACCCCUUCGACCAGCGUGACCGCUUCGCGGAGCAGGUCCGCCAGAAGGAGCAGGGUGACGACGAGGCGCAGGGUGUCGACGAGACCUUCCUGAACGCCCUCGAGUACGGUCUUCCCCCCACCGGUGGCUGGGGUCUCGGCAUUGACCGUCUCGUCAUGUUCCUCACCGACUCGGCCAACAUCAAGGAGGUGCUCCUGUUCCCGGCCAUGCGCCCAGAGAAGCAGGGCGACCACGAGUUCCCUUCGCAGGGGCAGAUCUAA